AUGCCGAAUCCAGUUCGUGAAGACAUCACCACGAGGGAUGAUACUUCGUUCCCCUACAUCUUUGAACAGAAUGUCACUAUCCAGUUGAAGGAUGGCUCCGGUCUAGUGCGCUGCAAUGUCUAUCGUCCCAAAGACCUUGAGAGGGCUCCCGUUCUGGUCACAUACGGGCCGUACGGCAAGGACAUUCAUUACCGCGAUUUCCACCCCAAGUCAUUCAGCGAAGUCAACCCCGAGCACCGCUCGGAGCAUUCCGCGUGGGAGACGCCCGACCCCGGUUUCUGGACCAAACACGGCUAUGCGAUUGUUCGGGCGGACGAGAGAGGAACAGGUCAAUCACGGGGCAGGCUGGACACCAUGUCACGCGAAACCAGCGAGGCUUUUUUCGACGUCAUCGAGUGGGCAGCGGAACAGCCAUGGUCGACCGGCAAAAUUGGUCUGCUGGGUAUCAGCUACUACGCGGGUAGCCAGUGGAGAGUAGCCGCGCGCCAGCCCAAGGGCCUCGCCUGCAUUAUCCCCUGGGAGGGCAUGUCGGACUACUAUCGGGACCGUUGCCGUCAUGGAGGCAUUCUGAGUAACUCCUUCAUCAAAUUCUGGUGGGACCGGCAGGUUGUCAGCAACCAGUACGGUCGCCCCGGCCGCGCAGCGCAUAACUGGGGCCCUGAUACCAUUGAAGGCGACCUUCCGGAGGAGGAACUGGUGGCCAACCGACAAGAUCAGACAAUCGACAACGCCGAGAAUUACUUCCGCGAUGAUAUCUACUACGCGUCCAAGGAAUACACACCGUCUGACAUCAAGGUGCCAUUGCUCUCCGUCGCAAACUGGGGUGGCAUUCUUCUGCACCUGCGGGGAAAUGUGGAGGGCUAUACGCAGGCAGGCAGCGAGCUCAAGUACUUGCGAUUCAUCACCGGUCGACACGACCUCCCAUUCUACUACCCGGAAGAAGUUGAGAUUCAACGUAGCUUCCUCGAUGCGUUCCUCAAGGGUGAGGAUCGUGUCGGCUGGAGCAACGGAACGGCGCCAAAGGUAGACAUUGUUCUACGCAAGGGCAACGUCGGAUUCAACAAUGCGGAAGCCGAGAAACAGUUUCCUCGUCGUGUUGAGAAUGAAUGGCCCAUUGCUCGGACACAGUACACGAAGUACUUCCUCACGUCCGACCGUCAACUGGUCACUGAAGCCAGACAGGAACGACCGGUGAAGAUCACCUACCGCGCUCUGGGAACUUUGGACAACCCCCGGCUUGUGCAAUUCACAACUGCGCCAUUUGAGCAGGAGACGGAGAUCACCGGACAUAUUGUCGCGCAUUUGAAUGUGUCGAUGAGCCCUGACCCGGGUGCCCCGACACCGCGGGACAUUGAUCUGUUCGUCACGCUGCGGUACGUCUCCCCCGAGGGCAAGGAGGUCUUCUAUACCGGCACGGCAGGCGACCCGGUACCUCUCUGCAAGGGAUGGCUGCGUGUCAGCAUGCGAAAGGUGAACAAGGAGCAUCGCCGUCAUCGAAGCUAUCUGCCCCAUCGCGACUACUACUCCACCGAUGUGCUGCCGGUGAUUCCGGGCGAGGUGUACGGGGUCGAUGUGGAGGUGUGGCCCACGAAUGUGGUCGUGGAGAAAGGGGGCAAGAUAGUUUUUGAGGUUUCGUCUGGGGACACCCAGGGCUGCGGUAUUUUCCAGCAUAACUCCCCGACUGACCGAGCACCGGAGAAAUUCCAGGGUCAGAACCAUAUCCACUUUGGACAUGGCGAUAACUAUGUGGUCCUGCCCAUCAUUCCCCCGAAGGCAUAG